AUGAAGGAUUACAAGUGUAGUCUGAGCCUAACAGAUAACAAAGGUUGGAAUGUUAUUCAUUUUUCAUCAGUAAAAGGUCACACUCACUUUAUCAAGCAUAUCACCAGUCAGUAUCUUCAAUAUAUUAGUUUACUACACUCUACUGACAAUGAGGGUAGGAUACCAUUGCAUUUAGCCUGUGAGAGUGGUAAUAUUCAAUUGGUCACAUUUCUAAUAAAUGAUAUGGAAUGUGAUGUCAAUGCUAAGAAUACACGUGACAGUUCAAGUAUCAGCUUUGCAUGUUGCUCAGGCAAUCUUGAUCUAGUACAAUUAUUAAUACAACAGUAUAAGCUUGAGCCUUUAGCUACUAAUAAAUAUGGUUUCACAGCAUUACAUGCAGCAGCUCAAGCUGGUCAUACUCAUGUACUGAAAUGGUACAGUCAGGAGUAUAGUGUGAAUAUUACUAAUCACACUAGCAAUAACAAGUACACACUGGCUCAUUCAGCUGCUUAUUUCGGUGAGCUACAUUGUCUACAGGAACUGAUCAACAAGUAUCAGUGUGAUGUUAAUGCCACCACUACUGAUACUGGUAGUACAGUUCUUCAUGAAGCAUGUGAAGGAGGUCAUGUUCCUGUUGUACUUUAUCUCACUAGUCUUCCUCAGUGCAAUCUUGAUCUGGUACAAUUACUAGUACAACAGUAUAAGCUUGAGCCUUUAGCUACUGAUAGAUAUGGUUUAACAGCAUUACAUGGAGCAGCACAGGCUGGUCAUACUCAUAUACUGGAAUGGUACAGUCAGGAGUAUAGUGUGGAUAUUACUAAUCACACUAGCAAUAACAAGUACACACUAGCUCAUUCAGCUGCUUAUGGAGGUAAGCUACAUUGUCUACAGGAACUGAUCAACAAGUAUCAGUGUGAUGUUAAUGCCACUACUACUGAUACAGGUAGUACAGUUCUUCAUGAAGCAUGUGAAGGAGGUCAUGUUCCUGUUGUACUUUAUCUCACUAGUCUCCCUCAGUGUAAUGUAGCAGCUAAGACUUCUAAUGGAUCAACAGUUCUUCACAUUACCUGUGAGCACAGUGACUCUCUUCCUAUACUCAAACAUCUGGUAGAGAAUUAUCAGUUAGAUCUGUGUGCUGUGAAUGAUGGGGGAAUGGCUCCUAUUCACUUAGCAUGUUCAGAAGGAAGACAGGAUUUGGUCCAGUACAUUACAGAACACUUACCGUCAUCACUUGAACUACCUGUCACAGGAUCUGGUCACACUCCAUUCCUUAUUGCAGUGUACUUCAAUCAGUUAGAAGUUAUGAAAUAUCUUAUUAGUAAUAAGUGUAAUCUAUCAGCUACUGAUGAUGAAGGGUCUGGAGCAGUUCACAUAUCAGUAGAGAGGGGUCACUUGAAUGUAUUGAAGUAUCUCAUUGAUAAUAAUUAUUGUAAUCCUAAUGCAACCAAUCAUCAAGACCGUACGCCACUACAUGUUGCUGUAGCAGCUGAACAGUUUCAAAUUUUGGAAUGUUUUUUAGAAAUUAGACCAAGCUUACCUAAUAGUGCACAAGAUAAAAAUGGUAACACACCAUUGCACUUUGCUUGUAUGAGAGGACAACAGAAGAUGGUAUCACUUCUAACCAGCUCUACUGAUAUCAGUAUAUUAAUUACUAACAAGAAAGGACAGACACCAUUACACUUAGCUGCUGCCUCUGGUCAUAAGGAUACCGCUGAAGCUUUACUGUUCUCAGUCACUGGUAGUUCUACUCAUCGUGAUCUCCUUACAGCUACUGAUAAUGAAGGAUCCACUGUAUUACAUACAGCUUGCAGUAAUGGCCAUAUUGACACAUUUCUUCACUUCUGUAGUAUUUAUCCUGAUGGUAUUAAUGCUGUGGAUAAUAGAAAGCGCACUAUACUUCAUGCAGCAUGUGAGGGUGGGAAUAUGGAAAUAGUACAACUUGUAAUUGACAACUGUGGACUAGACCCUGUAGCAAAAGAUAAGGAUGGCAUUACUUGCAUGCACAUAUUGGCAGAAAGAGGCAAUAUUACAAUAUUUCAGUAUAUAAAAGAUCAAGUAGGUUCUAACUACAUCCCUUGUGAUGAUAAUGGUCGUACUCCUCUUCAUUAUGCAUGUCUCUUCAAUCGUAAUGAGAUGACACUGUAUCUCAUUAAUAGUUGUCAUUAUAAUCCUGAUGAUCCUGAUAAUAAUGGAUACACUUCAGUUCAUGCAGCAUGUGAAGCUGGUAACUUUGACUUAAUUCUACAAUUUCUCACGGAGCUUUGCUGUAAUGCACUAGCUGAAACUCAUGACACGAAAACUCUUCUUUAUUUUGCUAGUAAGAGCUCUAAUUUAGAGCUUGUUCGAUUUUUAGUUAAUGUAUUUGAUUUAAAACCUCGUCCACACGAUAUUAAAAUUGCUCAAUCAGUUAAUCCUGAUUCCUCAGUAGUUAAAUAUCUUCAAGAGAUCCAUUAUGAUUUAUUUUAUACAGAAGAAGGCAUAGUGAGAGGAUAUCAUGAAAAACUUGAAGGACAACAGGUUGACCUACCAGGACAAGAUAUUGUAUCUUAA